AUGGACAUCUCUUUUGUGUUAUUUGAUAGUUGUGAGAGAGAGGCCCAAGCAGCGGGAGUGAAGCGUAUUAUUGAUCGUGAAAUCAGACAAGCAGCUAAAGAUUAUGAAAACACUAUCAAAAUUUUAUUACUUGGUGCUGGUGAGUCUGGGAAGAGUACUGUAGUAAAACAGAUGAAGAUUAUUCAUGGAGAUGGAUUUGUUAUUGACGCCUUUCAAUCAUUAUGGGCUGAUCAAGGUAUCAGAAAAUGUUUUGAAAGAGCUUAUGAAUACCAAUUAAAUGACUCUGCCCCUUACUACUUUUCUAACAUGGAUCGAAUCUUGGCACCUGGUUACACACCUACUGAAGAUGAUGUACUGAGAUCUCGUGUUCAGACAACUGGUAUUAUUGAAACUGCCUUAAAAUGGACAGGUGUAUACUGGUACCACAUAUGUAACCUCUUUAGGAUGGUCGAUGUUGGAGGACAAAGAUCAGAGCGUAGGAAAUGGAUCCAAUGCUUUGAUGAUGUACGAGCUGUUUUUGUUUGUGCUCUUAGCGGUUAUGAUAUGACAUUGUUUGAAGAUGGGAAGACAAAUCGUUUAGAAGAAUCACUGAACUUAUUUCAAAGCAUUUGUAAUAACAAGUUCUUUAUCAAGACAUCUAUGAUCCUCUUCUUAAACAAAGUGGAUCUGUUCCGUGAGAAACUCUGCAAUGCUGAUCGUCACCUACGUCUCUUCUUUCCACAAUAUACUGGUCCUGAACGUGAUGUCGAAGCAGCUGCUGUCUUUAUUCAGGAGAUGUUUCUAGAGCGCAAUCUCAAUAAAAACAAAAUCGUUUAUCCUCAUUUUACAACAGCUACAGAUACAUCCAAUAUACGAGUGGUUUUCAAAGUAGUACUUGAUACCAUUAUCAGAGAAAACCUCGAAGCUGCAAACCUACUUUAG